CACCAAUCUCACCAAAGAUGACCAAGCUUAUUGCAGUGUGCGGUGCCACCGGAAACCAGGGCGGUUCUGUUGCGAGAUUACUCUUGCAAUAUCCCGAUGUGUACAAAGUUCGCGCAUUGACGCGGAAUCCAGACGCAGCAGCUGCACAACAGCUGGCCCAGCAAGGCGCAGAGGUCGUGAAAGCCGACCUGACUGUCCCGUCAGACGUAUUCAGUGCACUCGAAGGCUGUUGGGGCGUCUUCGGCGUCACAAAUUUCUAUGAUCCGAAAAUCAAAGACGACCCCGGCAGUGAGGAGCGGCAAGGCAAGAAUCUUGUGGACGCCGCAUUAGCAGCCGGCGUGAAAUGUUUUGUCUGGAGCACACUGCCGAGCUCAAGGAAGAUUUCUGGUGGCAGGCUGGUCUCAAGAAUAUACGAAGGAAAGUAUCAGGUCGACGACUACAUCAGGGAGAAGGGCCUACCCGCCUCUUUCCUAUACACGGGAAACUUCUUCGAGAACAUGGUGUACAGGUCGCACAUGCAGUAUGACCGCGAGAAAGACGCAGUAGAAUUCCGGCAACCUGUCAUCAAGGAAACCACAACGCUUGCGAUGUUGUACGUGGAGAAAGACCUCGCUGCUGUCACGAAGGCGGUCUUCGACCACUGGGAUGCGCGCGCGGACGAGCUUAAUCAUCAAUAUCUCUACAUCAGCAACGCAAGGCUCACACCGCUCGACAUUGCUGCUAGUGUUAAGAGAGUGACCGGAAAGGAGUGCACGUACACUGUUUUGCCGACAACGGGUGUCCCAGAUCGUGACGUCAUGUUCCAGCUGUACAACGAGAUGGGUAUGUACGGGACGAAGGAGAUACCCGACGAGAACAUCUUGAAGCUAGGGGUAAAGCUCCAUACGGUCGACGAUUUCAUGCGGGAGCGGCUUGCACCGCACCUGGGCCUUCCUGUCAUAGCGUAGAUGUUUGCUACGAGGCACCACAAUCAUUAUCAUGCAGACCAAAC